CUCUGCCUCCCGAGUGCUGGGAUUAAAGGCGUGUGCCAGCAUCGCCCGGCCCACCAUGACGAAUUUUCAUAGCUGAAUGUAUACCCGCAGUGGAUAGACAUGCUUUUUGUUUAUCCUUUCCUCGCUUGGUGGUUAACUUUCUUGGUAAAACCCAGCUUCUCUCAUGGAUUUCUUUUUCUCUAGAAGGAGAAUGAGUGGAUUGACUUUCAGGUCAACAAAAGCCCAUUGGACGGCGAACCUCAGCCGGCCGUGUUCUCAUGGACCUACUGGGUUAUUCGUGCCGCCAAGCCCUCCUUUGGACCCUGAGAAGAUCAAGGAGUUACAGCGCUUCAUUACCCUUUCCAAGAAACUUCUAGUGAUUACCGGAGCAGGAAUCUCCACGGAGUCUGGGAUCCCAGACUACAGGUCGGAAAAGGUGGGUCUUUACGCCCGCACGGACCGGAGACCCAUCCAGCAUGUCGAUUUCAUACGCAGCGCUCCAGUUCGUCAGCGGUACUGGGCCAGAAACUUUGUGGGCUGGCCUCAGUUCUCCUCCCACCAACCCAACCCAGCACAUUGGGCCCUGAGCAACUGGGAGAAAUUGGGGAAGCUGCACUGGCUGGUGACUCAGAAUGUGGAUGCUCUGCACUCCAAGGCGGGGAACCAGCGGCUGACAGAGCUCCAUGGAUGCAUGCACAGAGUCCUGUGCCUGAGCUGUGGGGAACAGACUCCCCGCAGGGUACUGCAGGAACGCUUCCGAGUCCUGAACCCCAGCUGGAGUGCUGAGGCGCAGGGCGUGGCCCCUGACGGUGAUGUGUUCCUCACUGAGGAGCAGGUCCGGAGCUUUCAGGUCCCGUCCUGUGAUCGGUGCGGAGGUCCUCUGAAACCAGAUGUCGUUUUCUUUGGGGACACAGUGAACCCAGACAAGGUUGACUUUGUGCACAGGCGCGUGAAAGAGGCUGAUUCGUUACUGGUGGUCGGAUCGUCCCUGCAGGUGUACUCUGGUUACCGGUUCAUCCUCACUGCCCGGGAGAAGAAGCUUCCUAUUGCCAUUCUGAACAUUGGACCCACUAGGUCAGAUGACUUGGCCUGCCUGAAGCUGGAUUCCCGCUGCGGAGAGUUGUUGCCUUUAAUAGAUCCACAGUGACCGAGCUCUGGUGCUCAGAGUCUGGGAAUGGAGUUUCCGUUGAGUCCUGCUGCUAAAGAAACAACACAACACAAGAGGUCCCUGGUGUGCACUGCUUUUGCAGAGGACUAGAGCCCAUUUCCCAGCUGGUGGCUCACAGCUGCCCGAACUCCAGUUCCAGGGGAGUCCAACAUCCUCUUCGGAACUCUG